UAACAAAAGUAUAACGUGCGUUCAGAAUCCUGUUUACCGCUCACUACGCAUGCGCUGUUUUUAUGGCAACACACUGACGGUUAGUUGACGGUUGCACGCUGGACGACAGUUUUUCGAAUCGAAUAUUUUGUAACCGCCAAGCACGUUUUCAUCUCACCAGUCGCUGCCAUUCCUGUCGCGCUGCGCGUCUUGCCGUUUCGCGCAAGCACCAUUCAAGCACUCCGGCUCAAAUACACUCACCCGCGAGUCAAAAGCAUACUAUAUUAACAUAUUUUAUAUUUAUUAUAUUUUAAUCGGAAGGCAGGAUGUCGCGCGACGAGAAAAAUGAGAUUAUUCCUGAUCAAAUAUAUGAUUCCAACACGAAGAUGAUGUACAGGAAGGGCCGGUUUUUCGGCAAGGGUGGCUUUGCAAAGUGCUACGAGAUAACCGACACCAAUGGGUUGGUUUAUGCGGGAAAGAUUGUCUCCAAGACACUCAUGCAGAAACAAAAUCAGCGGGAUAAAAUGACGCAAGAGAUUGCCAUUCAUCAGUCACUGAGGCAUAAACACAUUGUUGGUUUUAAUGGAUUUUUCGAAGACGUGCAUAAUAUUUACGUUGUGCUGGAAUUAUGUCGCAGACGGUCAAUGAUGGAACUACACAAACGCCGAAAAGUGCUCACCGAGCCGGAGACACGCUUCUACAUGAAGCAGCUUAUCUCUGGUAUAGAUUACCUGCACUCUAACAACAUCAUACAUCGCGAUCUUAAGUUAGGCAACAUCUUUCUGAACGACGAGCUGAACGUGAAGAUUGGUGAUUUUGGGCUGGCGGCCAAAAUUGAAUUCGAUGGCGAACGUAAGAAGACGUUAUGCGGAACGCCGAAUUAUAUUGCGCCGGAGAUUCUUACGAAGAAGGGUCACUCGUUCGAGGUGGACGUCUGGUCAUUGGGAUGCAUCAUGUACACGCUACUCAUUGGUCGGCCACCGUUCGAGACAAGUAGCUUGAAAGAGACUUAUUCAAAAAUUAAGAAAUGUGAUUACAAAAUAUCUAAUAAUAUAUCAGAAAAUUCCAAGCAUCUCAUCAUGUUGAUGCUGCAGCAGGAGCCUUACAAGCGGCCAAAGAUCAGGCAGAUCGACGCCCAUGAUUUCUUCUUAGGUUACACGCCUUUAUCGCUGCCUAGCAGUUGUUUGUCGAUGGCACCACGUUUCGACCAAGUCGAAAGCCUCCAACGGAGGCCUCUCAUUGAAGUCAAUGGUAUUUUAAUGUUCAUAUUUUCAAAUCAAUUUAUUUUUAAAUUUGUUUUUGUUAAUUUAUUAGGUGGUGCUGCUGCCAGUUCAGUUUCGCCGUCGAAACCGCGUAAUUCUAUUGCUGCAAGCGGUGUGACUGAGUAUCGCACCAACCGUGGUUUCGAUCCUAGGGAGAAUCUACUGAUCCUGCGCAAGAUGCUCACAGACGUGUUGGCGGUGAAACCGGCGCGCAGCAAUCAGAACUUCGGCGACGAGAUGUCUGAUCCGGCUGCUCAGCCGCUGAUCUGGAUCUCCAAAUGGGUGGAUUAUUCGGACAAAUAUGGCUUUGGCUAUCAACUCUGCGAUGAGAGCGUGGGCGUUAUGUUUAACGAUUCGACGAAGUUGAUAUUACUGCCUAAUGCUAUUAACGUACAUUACGUCGAAAAGAACGGCGAUGAAAGCUAUAUGACUGUCGAUGAUUUCCCCAAGGCACUUGACAAGAAAAUGAAACUACUAUCGUACUUCAGUCGCUACAUGAAGGAGCAUCUUAUCAAAGCAGGAGCGUCGGUGGUGCGUGCUGCACCUGACUCACUCUCGCGUAUCCCGGCUUUGCACCAAUGGUGUAGGUCUACAUCCGGUGUCCUAAUGCAACUGAACAACGGCACCAUUCAAAUAAACUUUAGCGACCAUUCAAAAAUAAUCAUGUGUCCGCUGAUGGCUGCGAUCAGCUACAUCGACCAAGAUAGAUCGUUCCGCACGUUCCGGUUCGAGUCCAUUGAGCGCAACGGGUGUUCGACGAGUCUUUACGACAAGAUCCGAUAUGCGCAUGACAAGCUCGGCGGCAUGCUGGGUACGCAACCGUAUUAACAAUGCAACAUUGAUGUCCAAUGCGUAUUACGCGAUUUUAAAGAAAUUUCGAAAAUAUUCCCCGCCACAAGAUGAUAAUUGAAUAGGGAUAAAUAAGGUGAGUGAAUGUGUUCCAUUCAUCAUUGGUACUGAGAACCCACUAAUUUGUAUUGUCUUAUUUUUAAUAUUAUUGUAAUUUGUAUAUUUAUCUAUUUCAUACACGAAACUAUUAUUAACUAAUGUACGUUUAACUCGUUGUUAUAUUUAAAUUACCGUACGCUAUUUGAAUAAAACAUGUAUUUUAUAUGAA